AUGUUUCUCAUAUAUCUCUCACUUCUUUCAAUUGCGUCCGAGUUGCCAUAUUGUGAUACUGUCCACACCCCAAACAAGAUUUGUGAGAAGUGUACAAGCAACUACCUUCUAAUCAAUGCCAAGUGCCACUUUGCAUAUGAAAAUGGAUGUGCCAGUGUAUUAACCAACAAGUGUUCUGCGUGUAUGCGCGGGUAUAAAAUGGAUGUUGAGAAUGGUGUUUGUGUUGUUGGUGAUGAAUAUUGCAACAAAGGUACUUCCCGUGAGUUGGCCUGUCAGACGUGCAGAGCCGAUUUGACUUCCAUAGAUCAGAAAUAUUGUUUAAAUUGCACUACAUCAAAUCCGGGGUGUGUCACUGCAGAUGGCAAAUGUGACAAUUGCAACAAGUGUAAAGACGGGUACUAUCUCUCUGGUAAGACCUGUGUGAGAAUUCCCAAUUGCAAGCUUUCUGGCAACGAACAAGCACAAGAAGACAAGACUGUAUGUAAAGAAUGCAUAGAUGGGUAUUAUUUAGACUCCACUAAAAAGUGUGUUAAAGGUGCUAUAGCCCACUGUCUUUCUUAUUCAUCAGCUUCAAUUUGUCAGAAGUGUGAAACCAGUUAUUUAACAGUUAACAACAAAUGUACUUUAAUGGAAGGGUGUAGUGCAUUAACACUUGAAAAGGACAAGUGCAACAGUUGUACAUUAGGAUAUGGACUUGACUCUGGUAUGUGUAAAAAGUGUUCAAUAGAUCAUUGCAAAGUGUGCGGCACUAACUACAAAGAGUGUACAAUGUGUCUUGAUGAGUACAGUAAAGAAGAUGAUAAAUGUGUUCCAUGCACUUCACCCAACUGUAAAGUGUGCAACUCAAUUGACAAGACUAAAUGCACGUAUUGCCUUGAAAGGCUUCACUUUAAAUAG